UACUUCGUGGAAAACAACGCUUCGUGCAAAAGGUGCACACGAAACAAAACCGGUGUUAAUUUUUCAUGAGAUUCGUUUAAAAAAAAGAGAAUUAUGGCGUCUGUCGCUGCAGCUAAAGUUCAAGAAGUCCGCGAGAUCACUAGAAUUGAGCGAAUCGGCGCUCAUUCCCAUAUCAGAGGUCUUGGCUUGGACGACAGUUUAGAACCUCGCCAUGUAUCGCAAGGAAUGGUUGGUCAGCUUAUGGCUCGUCGAGCCACAGGCGUCGUCCUGGAAAUGAUAAAAGAUGGCAAAAUAGCAGGACGAGCAGUUCUCUUAGCUGGUCAACCGGGCACUGGGAAAACUGCAAUUGCCAUGGGUCUCGCUCAAGCUCUCGGACAAGACACGCCUUUCACGUCGAUGGCAGGUUCAGAAAUCUAUUCCCUAGAAAUGAGCAAAACUGAGGCUUUGACUCAAGCCUUCAGGAAAUCUAUCGGUGUCAGAAUCAAAGAAGAAACUGAGAUAAUCGAGGGAGAAGUGGUUGAGAUUCAAGUUGACAGACCCGCGACAGGAGUUGGCGCAAAAGUAGGAAAACUGACCCUGAAGACAACAGAAAUGGAGACUAUUUACGAUCUUGGAAAUAAGAUGAUCGACAGUCUGAUGAAAGAAAAAGUUCAAGCUGGAGAUGUUAUAACAAUAGACAAAGCGACCGGGAAGAUAAACAGGCUCGGUCGUUCAUUCACUCGAGCUAGAGAUUACGACGCAACCGGAUCCCAAACGCGAUUCGUUCAGUGUCCAGAAGGUGAAUUGCAAAAGCGAAAAGAAGUUGUUCACACGGUCAGUCUUCACGAAGUGGAUGUUAUAAAUAGCAGAACGCAUGGAUUCCUCGCGCUAUUUUCUGGAGACACUGGAGAGAUUAAAUCGGAAGUUCGAGAGCAAAUAAAUGCAAAAAUUGGCGAAUGGCGAGAGGAAGGAAAAGCUGAAAUAGUUCCAGGAGUCCUCUUUAUUGACGAAGUGCACAUGCUGGACAUGGAGUGUUUUUCAUUUUUGAACCGAGCCUUGGAAAACGAAAUGGCCCCUAUUGUUAUUAUGGCCACGAAUAGAGGAAUUACGAGGAUUAGAGGAACAAACUACAAAAGCCCUCAUGGAAUACCCAUCGAUUUGCUCGACCGGAUGAUUAUUGUUCCUACGUGUCCUUACGAGGAAAAGGAAUUGAAGGAAAUUUUGAAAAUCAGAUGCGAGGAAGAGGAUUGCGAGAUGAGUGACGACGCAUUAACAGUUCUUACUCGUAUUGCUUUGGAAACUUCUCUGAGAUACGCCAUUCAACUUAUUACCACUGCCUCUCUCGUCAGUCGAAAAAGAAAAAGCACCGAGGUAGGAAUUGAAGACGUAAAGCGGGUAUAUUCUCUGUUUCUAGACGAAAGAAGGUCGACGCAGUUCUUAAAGGAAUAUCAAGAUGACUUCAUGUUCAACGAAUUACCGGAUCAAACUAUGGACACUUCAUAAUGAGCACCUGGUCUAUAUACAAUUAGUUAACAUUAAGUCAGCAUCUUCCAAUGACUCUUGAUUCCAUUUCAAUAUUAAUUUUCUUAAUAUUGACUAUUUUUAAUUCCUGCCGUCAGUAAUUAUAAAUAAUUAGAAUUCACAUCCGUUAGAACAUUAAGUUUUUGUAAAUUUGUUAUAAAAAAUUGGAAUAAAUUGACGAAAAAUGAUGAA